AUGAUUAACUUAACUGGUGCGAGAGCCUUUUCUGGCUAUGCGUAUCCAGGAGCUUCGCGUAUGCGCUGGUAUUUCGUAAAGCCAUAUGUGAGAGUAGACCCAAACAGCCUACUUCAUUAUCCAGAAAUAUCUAAAAUCGAUGGUAGAAAGAUAGAUUGGAUGUAUGAUAGGCCUAUAGACAGAUCUGAGAUCGUAUCGAUAUAUGGACCAAAUACCAUAGAACUACGCAACCUACCAAUGGGUCGAACACCUGAAUACCUGCAGGAACGUUUGAGAAGGUUUUUUUCAAAAUACGGGGUUGUUACGUUUUGUAGAUGUAAACCUCACGAUCUGGAUCCAUACCAAUGUAACGGCGUAGGAUAUGUGACGUUUCGCAGUAAAAAGGCAUCAAUAGAUGCGGCAGGUGCAAACCUUGUUCUUCCCUUUACUUUACAUAGCAAAAUUAUCUCUAUUCGUCAUCUAGACACGGACAAAAGAAAUGAUCCGGAUUAUUUAUUUAAGCAAUACCACUACAAUAAACAGAUUUUAUCACUUUGCAAAGGAUUAUACGAGAAGAUAUACAAGAAUGGAGACUGUACUAUAAAUACUGUAUCGCAUGGCCUCUAUGAACGUAGUUUCUACACUGGAAGACUACAAAGAGCUGGUCUAUCUGUACUCAUGCGCUUCGGUAGCUGGGACAAUUUUUUCAACUUCGAUCCAUUUAACAAGAUAUUUCAACUACAAGAUGGAAAGAUAACUCUAUUGCUAACUGGCAACGAUAAUAUGGAGCGCAUUUUAAAAAAAGCUCACAUCUCAUUGGAAGCCAUUGUAAACGACACAAUAACCCAGCACUGGCGACAAGGUAAAAUAGAACUCAUAGAGCAAGCCCAAAAACAUGCUGAUUCUCUCUACCACCAAACACCACUUCCGGAGCAACUACAACUACUAUCAAGAAGUCACACAAUGUAUCGCCUACACGAUGAACGACAUUUACUAAAAAUGUCUAUAAAACAAAAGAGAAACGAAGCCAGAAGGCUGCAUCGCUUAGCUAAAAAGCAAAAUUUAAAGUUAUAA